GAAUUAUUAAUAUAUAUAAAAAAAAAAUUGUAAAAAUUAUAAAAAAAAAAUAAUAAUGCGCAACGAAAUAACAGCAGCUGUAAUUUUUUUAGUUCAGCUUAUCGAAAAAAACGAAAAAUUUAGUACAGAUCAAUUGGAUUGUUUUCGUAAACGUUUAAUUGAAUUAUUAACAGAACGUUUUAAAAAUCAUUGGUUUCCUGAUAAACCACAUAAAGGACAAGGUUAUCGUUGUAUACGUGUUAAUGGACACAGUAGAAGAGAUGAAACAUUGGCAAGUGCUGCAAUUGCUGCUGGUGUUAAAUAUGAAGAUUUAUCAUUGCCAGUUGAAUUAACAAUAAUUAUGUUGAAGAAUCCUUCAAGUAAUAUUAUGGAGCAACAAGUUAAGCCAAAACCAUUGAGCUUAUCAAAUCAAAAUAAUCAACAACAAUCGUUAUCAUCAUCUUCAUCAUCAACAUCAUCACAACAACAACAACAACAACAACAAAACAACAAUAAUGUUGCAGGUAGGCGUCGCAACUUAAAUAGUCCAAGACCCCAUAUUGCUAGAAAUCGUUCGUGGUUUAAUCAUUCAUUCAAUAUGGGCUUUGGUCCACAUCCAAUGAAUCAACCCUGGUACAAUGUUAUGCCACCACAUUUUCUCGGUGGUCCAUCACCACCACCAUUCAUGGGCCAUCGAGGUAAUAAGUGGAUUCAUCCAUCAUCUUAUCCAACUGGACCCACACGUUUUCAUCAUUGGUCCCCAAAAACAACACUAAAAGUCUAAAUUAAAUUUAUCAAUUGGUAUAUUUAUUAAUACAAAUUAUUUUUUACUACAAUCAAGUUUAAUUUAACAAAUGUUCCUAAUCAAUUAUUAACAUAAAAAACAAAAUUCAAACAAAAGCUUUAAAAGAUUUUUAAAAAACAUUUGAAUAUAAUUAAAAUAAUAAUUCAUAGACUUGAGGAACAAAAUUUGGGAUCAAUUAAUAUUUAUACAAAAAAAAAACUGACCGCUUUUAACAAAUAAUAAUUCGAUAAUGGCUUACGAUUGUUACACAAUGCAAAAUGAAUAAAUAUUAAUUUGCAAUUAAAUGUAACAAAUAAAUGAAAAAAUAUUUCACGAAUGAUUUUAAUAAUCAAAGUAGUUAAAUGUCGUAAAUUAAAUAGAUAAAAUUCCGAAUGCAAAAUUGCUUGCUAUAACGGACUGUAUUUACUAAAGAAAAAAAAAAAAAAUUAUAAAUAUUAUUGGAAUGGUGAUAAUGAAGGUGUCAGCGGCCUUUCGCAAAUUUAUAGUUUUUGUUUAUUAUUUGUUUUUUUUUUUUUCGUGUUUUUAGUCAUAUAUAUUUAAGGAAAUCAAAAAAAAAAAAAACGACGAUUAUUUAUAAAAUUCAUAGAUGAAUUUUUAAUUGAAAAAAAAAAUUUAUAAUUAACAAAUUUUCAACAAAAAAAAAAGUUAACUUUUAGUGUGCAGUAUUGAUUUUUAUGUAUGGCUUAUAGUUAAUAUCAUUAGUGUUGAUUAUUAUUAUUAUUUUUAUUUUCAAUUUGAGCAAUUGAAGAGAAAAAAAAUUAAAAUGAAAAAUAGUUUGUUAAUAGGAAAUUCGAAUUUACAAAUUAUGUCCACGCACGCAAUUGUUGUCGUUUUAAUUCAAACAAAAGAAUACAAUAAUUUAAAAGAAAAAUAGCAACAUAUAUUUAACAAUUGUUUGUUGUUUUUCUUUUAUCCUUUCUUUAUUUCGAAAGUUAACAAUAUGACAAUUUCGUUAGGCUGCCUUGAGAGUUAAAAAUAAUAAUGUCAUGAUUAAUUAAAAUAGACGGAAUAUAUAUUUUUAAUUUUUCUUUACUUUUUGCAUGUUUAAAAAUAUUUAUAUUCAAAUCAUCAUACUGUCCUACUAAUUUUCAUUAUAAUUUUAAGUCGAAUUGUUGAUUUUAACGAGUUAUGGCGUAGGCAUAAUUUAAUUUUCGAUAAUUUAUCAAUUAUAUAUUAAUGAAAAAAAAACAAAGAAAAAUUAUUAAUAACUGAAAACAAAAAUUAACUUUGAAAAUUUAUUAUUUUCAAUUUUUUUUUUUUUUGAAACAAUUGUACCUGUGGUGGUCUUGGAUGAAUUUUUGCAUUUUAUAAAAAUAAUUUUUUUUUUUUGUUUUGUUAUUAUUUUUUUGUUUUUCUAAUAAUUUUUUCAUAACAUUUAAUUAUUUAAAAAAAAAAGAAAAGCUAUGUAUUUUCAAGUUUCAUUUUUGUUUUUAUUUAUUUAGUAUUUUUUUUUCUUUUUGUAAGACAAUUUUGUCAAUUGAUAGGGAAAAUAUGGGACUGGCUCAAUAUAUUUAUUUAAUCUCUAACCAAUACCGGCAUGGUACAUACAUGUAAAUAUUAUAUUUGUAUACGCUCUACAAUAUGUAAAUAUGAAAAAAAAAACUAAUGAAAAAAAAACUAAAAAACAAAUGGGAAAAAAAUAUGAAAAAAAAUAUAUAUUAUAUAUACUUAUAUUGUAAUCGAAAAAUCAAAAAAAGAAUCGAAAAAAGAUGAAAAAAAAACCAUAAAUCGUGAUAUACUCAGAAAUUUUUAUUACAAUUUUGGGCUUUAUAUUAUAUUGGACAAUUCGAGGAUCAUAUAAAAUAAUAAUAAUAUUAUUGCCAAUGAAAUUAUGUCUUAAUUAAAAAAUAAAAAUUAUAGAAAAAAAAAAAAACCUCGAAG